AUGAGAAGAGGGUAGUUCAAUUUUUAUGAUUAAAGAAAUACAAAUUAAAACCUUUUUCUAUCAAGUUAAAACCAGAAUUUAACCUUAAGCUCAUACCAAAUUUCUUUUAAUCUAUCAGAUUAUUUAUUACUAAAUACACUUAAAAAUGGAAACUAAUCGGAAAUAAUCAUCUCUGAUAUUAUCUCUUCCUUUACUAACUGUGUCAAAUAGUAGACAAGCAAUAAGAGAAAUGUUGUUUUUAUAAUCGGAAAUACUGGGGCUGGAAAAACAACAUUAGCUGCUUUUUUAUCAGGCAUAAAUCUAGUUGUAGAAUAAAAUGAGCUUAAUUAAAGUAUCAUAAACUAUUAGUAAAACAAUUAAUUUUAAAGAAAAAUUGGUCUAAAUGUUCUGUAAUCAGAAACUUCUUUUCCUAUGUCUUUGAGAGCAGCUCUUCUUACGUUUAUAUUGAUUGCCCAGGAUUUUAAGACACUAAAUAAACUAAAGCUGAUAUCAUAAACUCGUUUUUUAUUCAUUAUUUUCAAUAAUGGUUCAUUACUAGAAUGCAAAGGAUUGAGUUCUGAGAGAUGUUAACCAUACAAAUAAUAAAUUCAAUAUUUAAUUUCUAUGACAAGAGACACAACUUUUGAUAUAUCAAAAAAUUUACUCAUUGUAAUUUCUAAAACUACUAAGGAUAAUAUAACAUUUUAUUAAGAUAAACUUAGAAAAGUAUUUUAAGAAUUAUCUGGAAACUCAAAAUUUAUUUAAUAAUUAAAUGAAACAAAAUACUUUAAUGCAUCUUACUAAGAGUUUUUCAGAAAUCUUUAAAAGACAAAAAUAAUAACUUUUCCUUCUCCACCUAAAGAUAAAAACUAUUAAAUUUAUAUAACUGCAAAACAAAUUAUUGAAUAAUCUCUUAAUAGUAUGUAGGGGACCCUCCAUGUUAAUUGGGUUGUAUUUGGUGCUACUUAUCAUAAAAUAAAUAAAAAUAAGGGAAGUUUUUUACCAAAUGGCAAAGCGGCUCUGGCAGGCGAGUCAUAGAGAUUCCAUAAAGGAUUCUUCGUUGAAGCACUCAAGUACUAUAUGCUUCAAUGCUAAUCAAAUAAAAACAAGCAAUCGAAUAUGGUUAAUAACACUACCUAUUCAUCGAUUUUCAUGGAAGGAUUUAGUAUUCCUCAGGUUAUAUGA